AUGUCUUUAUUAUCCAUCACCGACAAAUACUCUUCGAAUAAAAGAUUUGGAAGAGCUAAAAGAUCCUUUAUAUUUCUACUACCGAUUGAAGAGGAACACGAGAAUAUAAAUAAUGAAAUAACAGAGAAAACCCGCCAAAGUAAAACGAUGAAACGUAGAAAAUCUGCACUUUAUACUACAACGAGUAUACCAUUAACUAAAAAGUAUAAGGAUAAGACGGUAAAAGCUGAAAAAAGUAGAGAACCGUACGUAGAUUUUAAUUUUUUGAAUGAAAUUCGUGAAAAACGUCAAAAAGAGUCAACCGACAAAAACAAUGACGUUGAACUAUCAUCAGAGAAAAAUCUUUCCAUCGAAUCUUAUGAGACUUCUCAUUCGUCUGAUAAGAAAUAUCGUGAAAAUUCCAAAAGAUUAGUGUGCUAUUGUCAUAAAGAAAAUUGUCAGGAUUGUCAAUCGAAAAGAAAAUUGUUUAAUUUUCAUUUGAAGGAUCCAAAAAAUAAAGCGAAAGGUGAUAAAUAUCGAAAAAUUAAUUCAAACGAUUAUAAGAUAACGGAAAUACCGUUACGUUUGUCGAAACUUUAUGAAGAAAUUCCUUAUGAUUUAAAAUCAAAUUAUGCGAAUUCCGAGAAGAUGCAAAUUUUACCGAUAAUUCAUGGAAUAUCACCUCGCGUUUAUCCGUUAACUGUACCUUUCCGAGUUACUUACGAACAAGCCGAACCUCAUGUCGGCAUGAAUGCACCGGUUUCUCAAGAGUAUCAACAAAAUUCAAAUAAAAAACAACAAACACUGCUUAAGCAAUAUAUUCUUGCGACAAAGAAUCAAUCUGAAAUUCUUCAAAAAUCGAAUACAUCGAUUCUUAAAGACAAUAAGAGAAACAAUGAUUUCUCGACGACCAUGAAUUAUCCUGAGCACGAAGAGAAUGACCUAAAUUCAAUGAAAGAAAUCGAUGAGGAUUCGUCCGAUGCAAAUAUGUUAGAAUGUAUAAAAUUGUAUGGUCGUAAAGUAUGCCUCCUCGCUGCUGCAACAGCUUGCAAAUAUUUAAAUAAAAAUAAAGAUGAGAAAGAUGAAAACGUUGGAUCAAUUCGUAAUCGGUAUGAUACUACCGAACAAUCGAGUACAUACGAUAUUAACGAAGAUCAUUACGAUUCUACAAUGUCCGAUAUAUUAAUAGAUUCUAAGGAAAAUAAUUUUGACGAUAAUCUAAUAUAUAAAAAACAAUCGACUGAAAAUUAUAACGAAGAUAAUCACGAUGCAACAACAUCGAAUGUUAUCCUAGAAACUUCAGAAUACAUCAUAACUAAUACCGUUAACUCUACAACUUCGACGGACGAUUCAUUCACAAAGCGUUCAACAACGUAUUAUACUUCCGAUGAAAAUAUAAAAAUACAAGAAUAUACGACCGUAAAUCCCACGGAAAUGUCUAUUCUUCAAGCAACAGAAAAUUCACAAGAACAAGAUCAAUUAUCUACGACUCUUUUAAUUGAUUCUAACGUAAUCAAUGAUAUCGAAUAUACAACGUCAAUUGCAAUAACAAAUAAUAUCAAUUUCAAUGAUUCCAUGGUUACUAAUGAAGACAAUAACUUAACCGAUACAAUUUUAAAUGACGAUAGGACACAUUAUAUAACCCACUCUGAAUUAGAUUAUUAUUCGGAUAUACAAGAAAUAACAAAUAGUUAUUUUACUUCGCAAAGCUACGAUAAGUUCGAUGAGAAUGGUUAUAAUAGCGAUCUAUUUACAUACGAUCAUCAUUUGUCUAAGAAUAAUCUGACGAAUUUAAUCGAUGAUUCACCAAACGUGGAAGCUACAAACAUUCCAGAUGUAACGAACGAUCGAGCUAACUCACAAAAUUUAUCCAAUGAAAUCAAUUCGGAUUUAAUCGAAAAUCAAAUUUCAAUCAAUUCGACUGUAGAAAAUAAUCUAGAUGACGAUAAAACAAUUACAGAAGAUAAUAAUGUUUCGUUAAGAAAAGAAAACAUUGAAAAUCGUGAAGAUGUAAAGAAUGAUCCAAAAAUAAAGGAAUCAGGAUUAAAAUACAACACACAAAAUUUAUCUUCGUUUACAAGUACAACAGAAAAAGAACAAAUUAGUAUCGAUUCAUCUUUAGGAUACACCAAGUCAUCUUUGGAUUAUAAAACGAAUAAUGUUGAUGUUUAUUCGACAGAUAUUUCAAAUCUGUGUACUUCAUCAAUCGAUAUUAAUUCAUCUAUAGGAUGUAUAGAAAAUGAAAAGAAAGCAACGAUCAAUGAUUACGAAAUUCCUGUUACAAUUUCUACUACAAACGAGAUAAAACUUCAAACUUCAAACCAAGACUUAACUACGACCGAAGAAACAACAACAACAACGAUAGAGAUUGCAACUGAAAAAGAAACUAAUGACAAAAUUAAUGAUUCUAUCGUUGGAUUAUCUAACGAAGGAGGAUUCGUUAAAUUAUCUGAAGAGUUUGAUACCACCUUAAAUCCGAUCACGUUCGUCGCAGAUUAUACGAAAACUGAUAACGAAGUUAAUACACUUAAGAACAUUUUAAAAUAUGACGUUGAAUCGACUACGCCAAAUUUAUCAUACUACGACAAUGCACAACUCGUAAAUUCUAUUAAAACAAUAAUAAAUAAUUUCAAUUCGAACGAUGGAAAUCUCGAAGAUCCUAAGGAUUUUACAAAAAUUGCCGAUAAUGUUGAACUGUCACCAGAAAUCGUUGGAAUUCCAAAUCUACGAUCUCUUUUAUCGCUAACACCAGUUGAAAAUGUAAUCAUAAAAAAAGUGAAAGAUCACUUAUCGAAAAUAACCGGUAUACCUAAAAAUGCAUUGUUCGAUGAGGAAUCGAAUAACGUGAUUAGACAAACUCUUAAAAAUACAUUGAAUCUUUUACCGAACAUGCAAUCAGAACUUCCACCAAUGACCGUUGAGGAACAUCAAUUUCAGGGUGGACAUUGGACGACAAACUUGGUGACACUUCUUCCACUUACAUCGUCCGAACGAACAAAAAAACAAGACAUUUCUCGAAGAUUACAAAAUCAUUUAAAAGAUCUCAUUUAUAAUCCUGCGAUUGGUUUGAAAUCAGCUAAACAAAAUGCUGUGCAAAAUAUCAUCAUUCAAGCUACGAAACAUCAAAUGGAAAAUGCUAACGAUAUGGAUAUAGAAGAAGACACGAUUCGUGAUAUUUUAGGAAAUGUUUUACAAGAUAAUUCCUAUGAUACAGAUCAACGCAAGACAAAAAUUAAUUCUGAAAAUAUUUCGACGAUGGAAAGUACACGUAAUUACGAUGAAACGACGACAGAAAACAUCUCUAUGAAAGAUAAUAAUAGAUUCGAAACUUCAAAAAGUACGACCGAUAAUUCAUUAGCCAACUCGUACUAUGACGAUUUUAUAACAGAUAAAGAAUUUCCAAAAAUGACCAUAAAUAAAAUACAACCAAGUGAUUAUUCGAAUGAUGUUCAUGAUAGUUACAUUCUUAGUACUGAAUUUUACGAAGAAAAUCUACAAAAAUAUCAAAGCACAGAAUCCAUUUAUGUUUACGAAACAACGUUCACGAGUAAUGUUGCAAACAUAAAUGAAGAAACACUUGAAAUGUCUCAACCUGAAACACAAUCGGAUCAAAGUAACAGCAAUAAAGUGAAAGCUAAUGAAUUGGAAAUACUUAGAUUAUCACAAAAUUCUAUUGUAGGAGUUGAUAAUCCUAAAAUUAAUGAGACUGGUUCGGCUAAUGAAGGAUUCUUGGAAGAAAAAGAGAAACGUCGUCUUUGCAAGAUAGAAAAUUGUACCAGUACACAUGAAAUUGUUACUAAGCAUAACAAAAGGGUUGAAACAACGGAAAAGUAUUAUGAACCAAAGGAAAUGGAGGAUGCUUCUUUCGAAGGAAAUCCGAUAAUUUCGAAAUCUCCCGAAGUGGACGACAUUACGAGUAAUUUUGGAACGAAUGAAAAUACAGAAAAUAUUAACGAGAGUGACGAUGAUAACAGAAAGACUUAUAAAAAUUUUAAUCAUCAAGAUUACGAUUCUGAAGAAGAUGUCAUUUACAAGGAAGAAGCUUUUAAAAAGAAAACGAAUGAUAUCGACAAUGACAAAAACAAUUUGCAGGAUUUGCAAAAUUCAGAAUUGUAUUACGUAGGAGACAAUGUAAAAUUUCCAUUGGAAAUUAAAAAACUAAAAGAUGGUUCGUACAUCUUAUUGAUCUCGAGAAAGAUAUGUGAGAAUGUUUUAAAAAAUAAUUGUCCAUGUUGUGUACCACUCGAAGGAAAUGUACGUUUAAUAAAAAGAAGUAUCGAAGAAAUUACCAAUGAUAAUAAUGAUAAUAAAAUUUUCGAUAUGAAAAAUUAUCAAUAUUCUGAACAAAGGUCGAAAAUCAUGAAAUCAAAUCCAUUGAGACAACGAACACCUAGAUCGAUGAUAUUAAAUAAAAAAUUAGACGAUUCGGAUGAGAAUAAUUCGGAAAUUUUAACGAUGCCCGUUAUGGCUUUUGCUAAGAAAUAUAAUUUGAAAUUAAAUCUUGAUGAUACAGAGAUAGAUGACGUCAGAGAAGCAAAAAAUACUUAUUGCGAUGAAAAUGAAAAAAUUAAAAAAAACAAUCCUAUUUUUCAAAGGAUGAAAUUCGUUAAGAGAAUGCAGGAAAAUUAUGAACCUUAUAGAAAACAACGUGCCAUUAAACAUAAUUCAAACAGUAGUACGGAAAUAUUAAAAAAUGUAAUAAAUUGGUUAAGAACGUUAUUUGUCAAUUGA